AUGAUCGCCACCGGAGGCCUUCUGAGGAUUUCCGCCAGAAAGCAGGAUCCCCUCCGCCCCCCAAGCCAGGUCCCUAAGCGCAAGAGGAAAACCAAGAAGAGGCGCAAGAAUGACGUGGUGGUGGUGAAAGGCAAGCUGAAGCUCUGCUCCAUUUCCGGCCUUAUCGCCCUCUGCGGGAUCCUCGUGCUACUGGUGGGCAUAGCUAUGGCUGUGGUGGGCUACUGGCCAAAGACCAACACGGCCAAUAGGGAGGGCAGUAAGCAGCUGCUGGCUGCGGGCAGUGCCAACCGCGUCCUAACCACCACCGCCAACAGCAGCAGUGGCAGCAAGAACUCGUCCAGGAGUCACCAUGGGACUCCAGAGGGUGUCAACUCCAGUUCCGUGGGCGUGCCCAGAAGCACGCCUCCAGCGCGGUCAGCCGCCCCUCCCUCAUCCUCUUCCACGUCGGUGGGCUUCUUUUUCCGCAUCUUUUCGGGUUACCUGCACUCAGACAAGCUUAAGGUCUUUGGGCCGCUCAUUAUGGGCAUUGGCAUCUUCCUCUUCAUCUGCGCCAACGCGGUGCUGCACGAAAACCGAGACAAGAAGACCAAGAUCAUCAACCUACGUGAUCUCUAUUCCACCGUCAUCGACGUGCACAGCCUUCGCGCCAAAGACCUGGCUGCAGCUGCAGCAGCGGCUGCAGCCGCUGCUGCCUCCUCAUCGUCCUCGGCUCCCACCUCGGCGCCCCCUGGGACUGUACCGCUCAACGGCUUCCUGAGCUACGUGCAGUCGCGGGGACUGGAGCUGAAGCCCGGGGGUUAUGGAGGUUCUGGGGACACCUUCGGGGCGGCAGCGAUGCUGGCCAGGGGCUCCUGGCCCCACCCCGCGGCACUGGGCGGGGGCGGCGGAAGGGCCCGGGGCGCGGCGUCCCCACCCGACUUGGCCUCAUCCCCGCGCUGCCUGAGAGAGCCCCCAAGCCUGGCAGAAGCCGUGUACAGUAUCUACCGCGAGCGCUCCGGAGUAGCGGGCCGUCGCCGGGCCACCACCGCUGUGGCUACCGCAGCCGCCACUACCACCGCGGCCGCCAGCGGCAGCAGCAGCCCGGCGCCCUGCAGCCCACCCGAGAGUUGGGGGCGCCAGAGCACCGCCAGCUCCCUCGUGGGCUCCUCGCUGAGCGCCUUUGCGCUGCUGCCCUUACAAGGGGACCGCGACAGAGACGGGGAAGCGGAGGGCGCUAGCUGCAGUUGGCAGAGGCCACCCGGGGAACGCGGCUCCCAGGAAAUCCCACGGGGCAAGGUUGAACUGAGUUUGACCGACCUUCGCGGCGCGGAGGGUGGCGCGCACUGGGCGCUUGGGGAGCUGGAUGAGCCCGGGGGAGCGGCGGCAGCGCACACCGCCAGUGGGCAGGGAGGACGUCUGCCCAGGACCGGCAGGUACGCGGCCUUGAGGCGCCGCAGCACCAGCGGGCUCCCGGACUACCGGGCCCCGCCGUCCCCCGAGCCCCCGCCCUCCCCGCGCGGUGCGGACCUGGACUCCAGCCUUCAGGACACAACCGCCAUCCCCUCGCCUCCCCUGCUACAGGAGGACUCGUCCCGUGCCAGGCGGGACUCGGGGAGCUCCCAAUCAGAUGACCUAUCGAGCAGCAAUAAGGGCUACACUCCCCUGCAGGAGACCGGCACCUCCUUGGAGUCGGUGGUGGAAGUAGUAGCCAGUAAAAGGCAAGACUGUGAAGAUGCCACCGUUUUGAGUGCGGAGCAGUGUCCCUCAGAGAGUCCCAGCGAGGAGCAACCCGCGGCCGAGCAACCUCAGCAGGUGCAGAGGCAGUUUACAAACAAGGAGAAACUCUUCAUGAUUUCCCAGUCUCAUGCCACAGGCGUUGAAGAUGGAGAGCUGGAAAGCACUGGCAUUUAG